GACACAACACGAGCAGAGAUUCUGAGCGCGUUGUGCCUCUUGACCUCUUCGUGCUCUGGGUGGCCGUGUUGGCAGAUUAAAUGCCGGGACGCGAUUAAUGGCGAGGUGUUGUCAAGUCGACGGUGUCAAUAGAUGUCGCAGCAGUCAUGCGUAAAAGUGGAAUGGCACAGGAGACUAAUGGCCACGCGUAUCGUUUCCUCUGACGCCGGUAAGUUGUUCAUUAUUAGCAGGCGAGGACCGAAACAGCUGCAUAUAUAAUCUGAACGUAUCCUCCUUUUUGCAACUUUUAGAGUGAUGAAACGGUCUGCAAAGCAGACCGGCACCUGUGGAUCGGGAAUGAAUAGAAGAUACUCAUUUUGGAGACUAAGAAGAAGGCAGUUCAUAACCUCACUCCUGUCACUGCUGACUCUGUGCGCCCUGCUAUUGGUCAGCGUAAAAUACAGCUCCAUCGCUGAAUCCUUACCUCCCCCAGCGUUUUUAGAAAACAUUCAGACGCUCCGCAAGUACAAUAUCAGCUGCUCAGCGAUAUAUGACAUGGACCCGGUGGAGGUGGGUAAAUCUCUGAUCAUCCAAAGACAAAAAGUUGUGGAGGAUAAGGAUGAAACUCUUGCAAACCUCACCUCAAACUGCCCAUUAUUCAUCAAGUCCAGAGCCUAUGAUGAUGUGUGUGUCUUAGAGGAGGAGAGAGACUUCCCUCUUGCUUAUUCCCUGGUUGUGCACAAAUCUGCGUGGGCAGUGGAGAGACUGAUCAAAGUGCUGUACUCGCCGAGUAAUAUCUACUGUAUUCACUAUGAUCAGAAGUCCUCAGCUGAGUUCAUUUCAGCCAUUGAGGGCCUGGCCCGCUGUUUGCCCAAUGUCUUCAUCGCCUCCAAGCGAGAGUCUGUGCAUUAUGCAAGCAUCAGUCGACUGAGAGCUGAUCUCAAUUGUCUGUCCGACCUCUUGGGGUCGGAAGUCAAGUGGAAGUAUGUCAUCAACCUCUGUGGCCAAGAUUUCCCCCUCCGGUCCAAUAUCGAGCUGGUGACAGAACUGAAGAAUUUAAAUGGUGCUAAUAUGCUGGAGACAUGCCGACCCACUGAGCAUAAGAAGCAGAGGUUCACCUUUCACCACAAGCUGACCGAUGCCAACUUUGAAUACCAAAAACUGCCAGUGAGAACAGAGCAGAUAAAGACCCCACCACCUCACGGUAUCCAGGUAUUCUCUGGCAGUGCCUAUUUCGUCUUGUCGCGGGACUUUGUCGUGUACUUGAACUCCUCGGUUGUGGUGAGAGAUUUUUUAGCCUGGUCCGAGGACACCUACUCCCCAGAUGAGCACUUCUGGGCCACGCUUGUUCGACUGCCAGGCGUACCCGGAGAGGUGCCCAGAUCCCAGCCCGAUAUCACCGACCUGAUGAGCAAGACCCGGCUGGUGAAGUGGCAGUACCUGGAGGACAACCUAUACCCACCCUGCACAGGGACGCACGUUCGCAGCGUUUGCAUAUUUGGUGCAGCAGAAAUGCAUUGGCUACUCAACUACGGUCACUGGUUUGCCAACAAGUUCGACCACAAAGUGGACUCCAUUCUCCUUCAGUGCAUUGAGGAGAAGCUGGAGGAAAAACAAAAGUCAUUCCAAUCAGUGGCAUCCCCAAUCUGUCGUAAGGGUUAACCAAAGUUACGGUAUCCUGUACAGCGGCGAUGACAGGCCAAUCAACGGAGAAUUAAUCUGCAACAAUUAUGAAAGCCUUUCACCAUUUGAGUGGUUUUUUUUGGGGAGGGGGGAAUGCCAAACUUCUUUAAUGUGAGAAUCUGCUGCUUUUUCUUGUCUUUUCAUUUCUAGGAAAUUGAUUCUCUCUGGAUUUUGGACAUUUGGUGAUAUAACGUUGGGUUCUAAGGAGUGUGAAGGGCAUUUUUCAGUUUUCCGGUGCUUUAUAACCAAACAAAUUAAAUUUUUUAACGAAAAUAAUCAUUAUUUGCAGCCCUACGACAGUAAGGUUUGGUAGCAGUACGUUGUUUAUCAGAAAUGGAUUCUUUCUCACUGACAUUCAGCCUCAAUUCAGCAAGUUUCAAAAAGGCUGUGAUCAUUUUUGUAUCCACGCAUAUAGUUUUGGUUUUAUUUGUCCAGGCUUUGGGAUAUUUGUCUCUUAGAUUGCCCUCUCUGCCACAUCAGUGGAGGUGAAAGGAAUUUCAUUUGUGGUGCUUACGGUAGUUACAAAUGUCAUUCAAAGAAACGAAUGGUCCCCAACAAAAAGGAAAACAUAUUUUCUCAUUUACAGGUAGAGGUAAGUGAGAAAAUAUGUUUGGUUUUGUAAUUUGAGUGAAUGACUUUAAUAAAUGGUGAUUAGAAUGUAAAGAGUGGCUCCAUUUGAGACCUAACACGACCUAACCUGGUUAUGCGUUUCCAAUCCCUCUGACCCAUGUUGAAACAUUUUAAUUAAGAGAGAGUUUUGCAAUGUAAUUAUAAAUAAAUUGCGAUGCUCUGUGUAUUUGCAU